CGUCUCAGUGUCGUAGUAGGGGUCAGGGGUCGAGGCUCAGUGGGCGGAAGAGUUUUAUACAAGUUACUUGUUUUUUAUUCUUCUGUUCAAAUGUAAAAAAAAAAAAAAACUAACUAGACGUCCAUCUUUGUUGUUGAUACGCUCCUAGGACGUCUCCAGAGGAUGGACAUCCAUGCUACUCCUGCCCUGGCUCGCUUCCUGCCGCCGAAGAUGAGUUGAGGGUGGAGACGCUGUCUACACAUUGCGUGUGCACACACACCCUGCAGGGUGUUCUUAGUGAGAGUGCUUUCAGCUCCUGCAAGUUGACUGAAGCUCAUAUCCAGCAUGAGAUGACAAGAGCAACACAUCCACGCUGCAAAGAUGUAUGCAUCAAGAGCUCCCCUGCAGGAGGCCUUGACCCGCUAUGCCUCGGAGACGCUGGUCCACAUGGCCACCGUGGGACGGUUCUGCGCGGGCCUCUCCGGGUGGACCCUGAGGCGUGACAGCGAGUUAAAGGCCAUGAUUGACAUCAGCAAGAGAGUGGACCUGAAGCUGAGCAAGGACGUGUUGGCCUACGUGAAGAGCAAGAUGGCGUCGGAGAGAAGGCGAGCCGCGCUGGAGGAGGAGCUGGAGGAGGUGCUGCAGAAGGUCCUGCUCGGCCUGGAGGAGCUCGACGGCUUCGUGGAGGCGGUGGAGAGGCUGGCGGUCACCACGCCGCACGUCUUCCUGGAUGAGGUGUUCAAGCUGCCCGAAGGCGUCACCUGCCGCCACGUGGAGCUCGCCAUCGGCGCCGCCCGCCAGGCUUGCCCGCUCGGCAUGGAGUUCAGGAGAGAUGCCAAGGUCUUCUUCUUGCCCAAGCUGGACAACGUGCAGGUGCUGACCUACAUGCUGGACAAAUACAUCCAGACCACGCUCAACAUGUGUCUCCUGCUCAAUGAAAGCAAGUUCUGCCUCAACAUGGCCAUGAAAGCUGCAUCAGACCUUGGCGUGGAGCUCCACGUGGACCUGCCUGCAGACGACAGGAUGCUUCAUCACAUCAACACCUGUGAGGACAUCAGGAAGGACGCAAACUUCCGGCUGGUCUUCAUGCUGCAGGACGCCGCCAGCCGUCGCUUCGUCAUGGAGUUCAGCCAGCGACGUUCCAGGAUGCUGGAGCUUCUGGACCAACUAGACCAGAGCGCCUCGGAUCUGGUCAAGAUGAACAAAGCUAAAAGAAUCUCCAGCGUGGCGGGGAGCUCGGUGGGCGUGGUCAGCGGCGUGCUGUCCAUUGUGGGUCUCGCCUUGUCGCCCGCUUCUGGCGGAGCAUCUCUGAUUCUCAGCAUGGUGGCGCUGGGUCUCGGGCUCUCCGCCUUCACCAGCUGCGUUGUGGUCUCCGCCACAGACUUCACCAUCAACCAGAAACACAAGAACCAAGCCGGUGAGAUGUUUGAGAGCUUCAUGCAGGACGUGCAGCGUCUGGACGAGGCCACCAGGGAAGCGGGUCGGCUGGAUGUGGCCGUCAGGGCGGUUCUUUGCCAGGAAAGCGUAUCUCUGCACGCGGACGCCACCUCCACCAAGAUGCUCAACAGCAACCAGGUGGUCAGAAGGAUCGGCAAGGUGGUGGUCCAGGGCGGAAAAGCUUUCCGAAACGUCCACAAGAUGGUGGCAGAUGUCCAGAGAGUGAGCCAGACAGCUGCUAGAAGUUCCCUGCUGGCGUUACGCACGGCCAAGGCCGGCCUCAUCCCGCUGAACGGGAUCUUCGUCGGCCUCGACGUCUUCAUCAUCUGCAUGAACAGCAUCGCUCUGGUGAAAGGAUGCCACACCGACGUCUCCCGUUUCAUCCGAGCCAGGACCGCCCUGUGGCGCUCCGAGAUGGACUCCUGGCAGAGGAUCUCCGACUCUCUGGUCCAAGGGAUGCUGUGCCUUGAGAAGAACCAGGCUGCCAUGGAGGUAGAAGUUUACCAGAACGACAAACAGGAAGACGGACACCAGUGUGUCAUUCAGUAGCAACCACGUGGAGAUCUGAUGUCCUCACACGAUGUCAAACAAACACCAAAGUCGCACAAACACUAGCAGAGCUCAAACUGUGGCGCUGACGCACCACGAAAGGUAGCGUGCGUUUGGAGAACUUCUACGCUCGCCUGCAGUGUUUACUCACAAGGAGACUUUCAGGUUCAGGAGCGGCUUGCCUAAAUUAUCUCACUUCCUGUUGUCCGGGUGACGCAAGAACAUUAAAUAAGACAGCUGGGAGCCAAUUAUCGCUUUAUUGAGUUUGUGUGUGUGUGUGUGUGUGUGUGUGUGUGUGUGCGAGUGUGCGAGUGUGUGUGAGUGUGUGUGUGAGAGUGUGUGUGUGUGUGUGUGUGUGUGUGUGUCAGGUCGUUUGGUCGCCACAACACCCGUUUCAGUUUUCUU